AUGGGACUUUGCCCCUACAGGAAUCAUGUGUUAGCCAUGUUUGAUGUGGGUGUUUUCUUGAUCCCGUACUUAAUAGCUGUCGUGAUUUGCGGCAUUCCCCUGACGUAUCUGGAGCAAGCGUUGGGACAGUUCAUGUCACAAGGGAUGAUCUCCUCAAUGAAGAUUUGCCCGCUCUUCCAAGGAUUGGCGUACACGACGACAUUGAUAUGCUUCUCGAUGUGCGCUUUCUACAUCAUCCUCUUGGCCUGGGUCUUGUAUUACUUGUUCGCUUCCUUCACAACAGUGUUGCCUUGGUCACACUGCAACAACGACUGGAACACUGUUUACUGUAGAGACGUUGCUCUGAACGUCAACGGCACGUUUCUGAAUGCGACGUAUGCUCUCGGUAUGAACGUUUCCAAUCCGGUGAUUACCUUCGGCGGGGAGUUUUCGGGAGAGAACACCACGCUCGUGACUUACGGAGAUAGUCGACUGACUGAUCCGGCCACGGAAUUCUGGGAACGUAAGGUCCUGAAGCUCUCAGCCGAUAUAGGCCAGCCCGGUCCCGUGAAGUGGGACCUCGCCCUCUGCUUGUUACUCGCCUGGAUCAUCAUCUACUUCUGUAUCUGGAAAGGGAUCAAACUCUCUGGCAAGAUAAGUUACGUGACAGUCAUCGCCCCUUAUCUCCUGUUGAUCGCUCUCGUCAUUCGUGGUGUCACGCUAGAGGGCGCUGGCGACGGGAUUCGCUAUUACCUGCUACCUGACUGGACAAAGCUUGGAGUUGCUAAGGUGUGGUUAGAUGCGGCUAUGCAGGUGUGUUUUUCCUAUGGAAUUUGCAUCUGUAAGCACACCUCACUCGGUGGUUUCAAUCGUUUCCAUCACAACUCAUUAAGGGACUUGUUGUUCUAUGUGAUUGUGAAUACCCUAACCAGCUUCAUCGCGGGAUUCGCAAUCUUCUCCGUGUUAGGGUUUAUGUCGUACAAGUCUGGUCUUCAUAUCGACAACGUCGCCGGUUCGGGUCCGGGAUUGGCUUUUGUUGCUUACCCACAAGCCUUGGCUGAGUUGCCGGUUGCCCCUGUGUGGUCCACCAUGUUUUUCAUAAUGUUGAUUUUCCUAGGCAUCGACAGUCAGUUCGUUACCGCUGAAGCUCUGAUCGUCGCCGUGACCGAUCUGUACCCCAGAAAGCUGGCCGGAAGCCCGAAUAAGGAAAUCUUCACUGCCGUGGCCUGUGGGGUGUGGUUCCUGAUAGGCUUGACUAUGGUUACCGAGGGAGGCGUGUACGUCCAACAGAUCUUUGAGUGGUACCUUAACGGCAGAAUUCUCAUCCUAGUGGGGCUUCUACAGUGCGCUGCCAUAGCCUGGUUUUACGGUGUGAAUCGAUUCGUCAAGAACUGCGAAUACAUGCUGGGCUACAAACUCAUCCCGCUUUUUAAAUGGUGCUGGCUGAUACUUACUCCAGCAUUCACUGUGUUGGUGUUCUGUCUGGAUGCCGUGCUCUACCCGGAGCUGAAGUACCGUCGGAAAUCCGGAGUGUACGAGUUCCCACUGUGGUCCACCGCCAUCAGUUGGACACUCGUGGGUCUUAUUCUUCUCCCCAUUCCCGUCGUCAUGAUCUACAAGAUGAUCCGAGCCGAGGGCUCACUCAAGGAGCGCUACCGUUUCCUCAUCACACCGGUUUUCAACGAAGUCCAGCGAGCACGUGACAACUGCAAGUCGGAAAUGUACGACAAGAGCCCGAACGGACCGGAAAUCAACGAAGCGGAACUGGCAUUUCUUAAAAUGUAACGAAUGUUGAAAAUAGGAAUAACGAAGGUAUCAUGAUCUCAUGAAUAAACAGAUCGAAGUUUUUUUUGAAAUCAGUGUGGAAGAUGACUAUUUGGUGCCUGCUGGAGAGAAAGAAAAAGAUUUUUGCGUCGUCGUUUCAAUGGAAUGCGACUCCUGAGAUACAGAGAUACGUAAACCUAAUAAAGCAUAUAAGUAUUUCUUGAUCACGCUGCGUUCUCUGGAAUUAUGUAGAGAAAUCAUUUUUGCGAAACAGUACAGUCAUUUCAUGGUCGCAGAAACCGGAGGCUACCUCGUUAUUUCUUUGACUUAUGCGAUUGCUCUUAUUUCUACAUUCUUAGUUUUAUGGCAACACAGGCUCUUGUCAUUUUCCCCGCUCUCACUCUCCGUUGGGGCUUGGUGACAAUAAGCUGUUGACGCUCACGUAUUCGUGAGUGUAGUCUGACGUUGGUUGAAGACUACUUGUCUUCAACCAGUAUGGUGUGCAUAUCUGUACGUACAGGAAAUCUUGUGAGAAACUUUCUAAAGUCCAGUGGUUUAUGCUGAGCUCUCCGGUUUCCUCUAACAAUGACAGCCGUCGUACAAGUAAGACAUUCUUAAGUACUGCGGUAAACAACGAACAUACAAAUGAGUGAAUAAUGUUGCAACUCGUGCAUUCCGAUAUAUGCUAUGUUUUCACAUGCUGUUGCGUUUGCUAUAUAGGCGUAAAAAAAACGCACCAGUGGACGAGUAAUCGCAAACCUAGUCGCAUGUCUAUGAAAAUACCGUGUAAGAAACUUGUGUGCCAGUUUCCGCGCUUCGUUGUCAUAAGUGAGUCGUGGUUACUGCGGAUCUUUGUUAAAUGACCGUAAUCUUGUUCGGGCAAUCAUUUGAACUGAAGUUGUUUAGAAACACGAUUUGUGACACACUUUUGUUCACUUACAUGGAUAUAAGCAGACCAGUGCAGUGUCUGAUGUUACUAGCUGAAUAUCUGGAUGAAUUACUGCUCUGUUUUAUGUUCCAAGCUAAGUUAAUAUAUAAUAGGGCGAGUGGAAGGCUGAGACUGAAACAAUGCGAAAGCAUUCGAUGACUAACAUUUGUAACUGACUGUAUGUUUCGAUUCGAGUAUUUCAACAAGAUGCCCAUAUUUUUGCUAUAAAUGAAACACAUCUUGCUGCUGAUGACGCCACUCGUAACGGUGACGGUGGUGAAAACAACGUUCAGCUCGGUCAAUACGACGUUCAGCUCGGUCAAUACGACUUUCAGCUCUGUCAGUACGACUUUCAACUAGGUCAAUACACCUCCACCAUAGUAAUACAGCCUUGUGCUGGAAGUCUGUAUUGCCGGGGUAAUGACAUAGACUGGAAAAAUUAAUAAUAUUAUGAAAGGCUCCCAUGAUGAUGUUUGUUUUGUGUUUUUUUCAGUGGAUCAAAAAAUUUGUUAACACAUAUAUAGCAACUGAGUUUGUUCCGGUGGAGAUGUGUAUGUAUAAUACCAAUAUUUAUGUUUUCUUCGCUCAGAGUGGGUCUUGAAAUUAAAUGGAAUUAAAACUAUUCAAUGUCUUAAAAUUAUGUUUAAGUGAGAUAGGUUUACAUGCAGUUCAGUUUGGUUCAAUUUUGAAGUUCUGUUCAAGGUUUGCAUUUCAAUCACAUACGACGGAAUUUUCCGGUUUUUACUUUUCUUUUUUCCUUCUAUAUUGCCCCCUCCCCCCCACCCUCACCCCGACCCA